CCAGGCCUAAAGAGGGGACAGCCGUGGGGGUAACCCGCCCCGACGUCCCGAGGGUCCCAGACCCCGCCCUGGAGCCGGCCGGGCCUCAGGGCUCUUGCGGGUCGGGGUUGUAAACAUUUCCGGCCCCUCCCACAGCGCGCCGCCUCCGAGGCGGCCUCCGAAGCAGUCUGGGUGCCCGGCUGUCUCCGACUCCCAUCAGCCCUGUGUCUACCAUCACAGGGAGAUCUCUGCCCCCUGGGGCUGAGAGACCCCAACCUUUCCCCAAGCUGAAGCUGCAGGGUACUGAGGUUCCAGCCAGAUGUCUUCCCACAAAGGAUCUGUGGUGGCACAGGGCAAUGGGGCUCCUGCCAGUAACAGAGAAACUGACACGGUGGAACUGGCUGAACUGGGACCCUUGCUGGAAGAGAAGGGCAAACGGGUAAUCGCCAACCCAACCAAAGCUGAAGAAGAUCAAGCAUGCCCAGUGCCCCAGGAAGAAGAGGAGGAGGUGCGGGUAUUGACACUUCCCCUGCAAGCCCACCAUGCCAUGGAGAAGAUGGAGGAGUUUGUGUAUAAGGUCUGGGAGGGACGUUGGAGGGUCAUCCCGUAUGAUGUGCUCCCUGACUGGCUAAAGGACAAUGACUACCUGCUACAUGGCCAUAGACCACCCAUGCCCUCUUUUCGGGCUUGUUUCAAGAGCAUCUUCCGCAUCCAUACAGAAACUGGCAACAUCUGGACCCACCUGCUCGGUUUUGUGCUGUUUCUCUUUUUAGGAAUCUUGACCAUGCUCAGACCAAAUAUGUACUUCAUGGCCCCGCUACAGGAGAAAGUGGUUUUUGGGAUGUUCUUUUUGGGUGCAGUGCUCUGCCUCAGCUUCUCCUGGCUCUUCCACACCGUCUAUUGUCAUUCAGAGAAAGUCUCUCGGACUUUUUCAAAACUGGACUAUUCAGGGAUCGCUCUACUGAUUAUGGGGAGCUUUGUCCCCUGGCUCUACUACUCCUUCUACUGCUCCCCACAGCCACGGCUCAUCUACCUCUCCAUCGUCUGUGUCCUGGGCAUUUCUGCCAUCAUUGUGGCACAGUGGGACCGGUUUGCCACUCCUAAGCACCGGCAGACAAGAGCAGGGGUAUUCCUCGGUCUUGGCUUGAGUGGUGUUGUGCCCACCAUGCACUUUACUAUCGCUGAGGGCUUUGUCAAGGCCACCACAGUGGGCCAGAUGGGCUGGUUCUUCCUCAUGGCUGUGAUGUAUAUCACUGGAGCUGGUCUUUAUGCUGCUCGAAUUCCUGAGCGCUUCUUUCCUGGAAAAUUUGACAUAUGGUUCCAGUCUCAUCAGAUUUUCCAUGUUCUGGUGGUGGCAGCAGCCUUUGUCCACUUCUAUGGGGUCUCCAACCUUCAAGAAUUCCGUUAUGGCCUAGAAGGUGGCUGUACUGAUGACUCCCUUCUCUGAGCUUUCCCACCUGAGGCGUGGAGGAAGAACUUCCCAAGUGCUUUUAAAAAUAACUUCUUUGCUGAAGUGAGAGGAAGAGUCUGAGUUGUCUGUUUCUAGAAGAAACCUCUUAGAGAAUUCAGUACCAACCAAGCUUCAGCCCACUUUCACACCCACUGGGCAAUAAACUUUCCAUUUCCAUUCCCCUAGCUGGGGAAGGUGGGGAUGGUCAAACUGAGCCAUCCCCCACCCUGGCAAGGCAAUUACUGGCCCCUCACAGAGACAGUACUUUGAAGCUCAUGUUGAGAUUUUACCCACUCCUCCAACCAUUUUGGGAAAAAUUAUGGACUGGGACUCUUCAGAAAUUCUGGUUUUUUCCUGGAGGAAAAUGUCCCUUCCUUACCCCUAUCCUUACUUUGUUACCUGGCUUAUAACAGGCCAUCAAUUUUUGUAGCACACUUUUCAAAAACAAUUAUAACCUGGUCCCACCUUUCUAGGGCCUGGAUCUGCUUACAUAGCAGGAAGAAUAAAGGCACCAGCUUUUACGUAGCCCGGCUAAUCAUGGACGUGUGUCCAGGCUUCAAAUAACUUGAGUUUUAAUUUUUUUUUUUCUUGGCAGAGUAAUGUAAAAUUAAAAUGGGGAAAGAUAUUUAAUAUUUAAUACUAAGCUUUAAAAAGAAACCUGCUAUCAUUACUGUGUAUCUUGAUGCAAAGACUAUGAUGAUAAUAAAAGAAAGUACGGAAGACACUUGGCAUUCAAAGA